AUGCCGCUCAUCCUGUUUGCCCCGCAACCUGACCCGACCUACCCGCUCUUUCCCGUCUUCUCCUUCCUCGGCUUCGUCCUCGCACUCAUCCCCCUCUCAUGGCACCUCCAAGCCUGGAACGCCGGCACGUGCAUAUACAUGCUCUGGGCUGGCCUCGCGUCACUCGUCGAGUUUGUGGACUCGGUCGUGUGGUACGGCUCCUUGAAGGACGUGGCCCCCGUCUGGUGUGAUAUCUCCACCAAGUUCUUGAUCGGUGCGGGCGUUGGAAUCCCUGCGUCAUCUCUCUGCAUCGUCCGUCGUUUGUACAAGAUCACCUCCGUGAGCUCCGUCUCGGUCACUCGCAAGGAGAAACUUAAAGCCGUCUACGUUGACAUCGCUAUCGCCAUUGGCAUCCCCAUUAUUGUCAUGUGCCUCCACUACAUCGUGCAAGGCCAUCGUUACAACAUCAUUGAGAACAUUGGCUGCACACCCGACAUUUACAACACUGUCCCGGCAUAUCCUUUGGUCUUCAUGUGGCCUGUGUUGCUGGGAUGCAUCACCUUCGUUUAUGCAGCUCUCACUCUCCGCACCUUCUACAUCCAUCGUAUCCGCUUCAACCAAGUCGUCGCGUCCAACUCCUCCCUCACUGUCAGUCGCUACCUGCGGCUCAUCAUGCUCUGCUGCACCGAGAUGGCCCUCGUCGCCCCACUCUCCGGGUUCAGCAUCUACAUCAACACGGCUGGCCUUCAAAUCCAGCCGUGGAUCUCGUGGGAGAACACCCACUACAACUUCUCCUUCGUCGAGCUCUUCCCCACCUUCGUGUGGCACGCCAAGCUCGCAUCACACAUCGCUAUCGAAAUGGGCCGCUGGAUCUACCCUUGCUCAGCCAUCAUGUUCUUCAUGCUCUUUGGCUUCGCCGAGGAGGCCCGCCGUUGCUAUAGCACUGCGUUCUGGCGCGUCGCUAAGGUCUUCGGCAUCCAACCCAAGGCGCAGAAGACCGGAAAGGCUGCUGGAUUCCAGAAAACGUUCCGCAUGCCCGAAUCUCCCUCUCGCGGCGAGUCCCUACCCCCGUACGCGCCACGGUCGAAGACGACCGACUCCUGUACUUCCUUUGCGAACUCCGACAUCGAGAAGGGCACCAACCCGCCCCAGCUCAUCCUCCAGCACAUCGUCUCGCCCACGAACAGCAUGUUCGACGACUCCACCGACAUCGAGCUCUCCCCCGGGCCGUUCGAGACGCAGUACGAGCCCUACGACCCCGCCCACGACACCGACUCGCAGUACGCGGAGUCGACCGCGCGCAUCUUCGUCUCCGACGCCGCCCAUCCACCACUACCCACGCCGCCGUCGCCGGUACCCUUCCGCGCGCUCUCGCCGCCGUCAUACCAUCGCCCGUUCUCGCCGCCCGUCGCGCACUGCCGUUCGACGGAGUCGCGCGAGAGCGUGCCCCAUCGAAAAGGCUCGGCGAGCUCCAUCACGAUCAUGGUCCACACCGAGUCGCGCACGUUCUAG